UUUACAUUUGAUGCUAUUCCUGACGUUCUAACUGCAGCCAUCUCCGGACCCACACGAGGCAGUGUUACCUCACCUCUCAUAUCUACUUCUCCAUAGCGACGACCUCUACAUCCGCGUAAUCGACUGCUCCUUUGCUUGCACAUUUUGGAUUCUGUAUAAUCCUAGCAUUGUAAAAUGAUGUUUUUGUUUUUUUUAGGAAUAGCCUAUGUCUAGAUUAUGCUUAAGUAAGUGUUUUUUGCUGUGUCUGCUGGUGGGUGGCUCCACAUGUCUCGGUCGGAUCUUGACAUCUGACAGUGGAAAGGAACGGUAGCAAAGGAAUGCGGUAAUCAGUCAUAGUAUAUGGGUUAACUUUGACAGGCAGCUAUUGAUUUUACUACUGGACACAUUUAACGAACGCGUCUUAACAAUGUUACAAAUUGGAGACGAAAUGUAUUUGUCGGCGGUAUUUCUUCUGGUUCUACUCGGAACCAGGAGCACAAUAGGAGCGUCGUCCGUAACCGCAUCCCUUUACGUGUUUAUCGUGAUGUUUCGGUUCCCACAAGUACCAGCGAACCAAGCGAGUCAGGUACUGCGGCCCAAUGGUCCCGUGAGCGCCGGCGUUCCCGUGGUUGCGCACCGAGGAGGAGGACAUGAUGCUCCGGAGAACACUAUUGCAGCGAUCCGAGAGGCUAGCAGGAAUGGAGCCACGGCGGUUGAGCUGGACCUGGGCUUCACCGCGGACGGGGUGGCUGUGCUGAUGCACGACCAGACCGUGGAGCGCACCACCAACGGGACUGGAGCAGUGGGCACACUGGACCUGGCAGAGCUACGGACGCUAGACGCCACGGCGAGGCACCGGCUGAGGGAGAAAUUCAAGGGGGAGAGGGUGCCUACACUCCAGGAGGCGGUGGAGGAAUGCAUCAAGCAUCAGCUGACCAUCUUCUUUGAUGUCAAAGAUCAACCUGAUAAGGCGGCUGCAGCUCUUGGGGAGUUGUAUCAGAAGUACCCAGUCCUCUACAACUCCAGCAUCGUCUGCUCCUUUGAACCCAAAGUCAUAUACAAGAUGCGUCAGGCAGACCCCGGGGUGGUCACGGCCCUGACCCACCGGCCCUGGAGCCUCAGUCGUUACGGCGACGGCACGCCCCGCUCCCUGUCAUCGUGGAUGCACUGCUGGCUGGGCGUGCUGGACGUGCUGCUGGACUGGGCCCACCACCACCUGCUUUGGAACCUGUGCGGCAUCUCGGCCCUCCUCAUGCAGAAGGACUUCAUCUCCCUAGACUAUAUCCAGUACUGGGCAGGGCGUGGGGUGGAGGUGGUUGGCUGGACUGUCAACACGGCAGUGGAGAAACAGUACUAUCAAGACGUCCUGAAGAUCAGCUACAUCACUGACAGCCUGAGAGAAGACUGUGAGCCUCACUACUGACCGAGGGAGACAGGAUACACACACAAACUCGCAUACACUCGACAUUAUAAAUUGCUACCUGACAUUGAAACACACCAUAGUUGUACACGGACUGAGGCCUCUGUGAUAUGAUAUAUAUAGCCCCCCCCCCACACACAGAAAUUUUUUUGUUUCACUGCUCCUCUAACACAUACCGGAUCAUGUGAUUAUUGAUUUAAACACGAUAUCAGGAGUACCAGCAUCUCAGAAAUACUUCCUUGGACCAAUACUCACACCACCAAAUGUUAUUAACUUCAUGACAGGUAUACAGAUCCACCUUGGACAGUUUACAUAAUUUUUCAGAUAUUUUCAUGGAAAUAGUAUGUACAAUGUGAAAUGAAACAGGUUAUUUAUUAUAAAUACUGCAGGGCCAAUUAAUAAAUAUUUCCUGUCCUAA